AUGGCUAAAAAUAGGGUUCUUACAAUUUUUUAUUGUACUAUUUAUUAUUGUAUAUGUUUUAAAUAUGUAUUAUUAGGAAUGGUGGUGGAGAAGACGCAAGGCCAUAUAUGUCAUGAUUAUCUUGAAGGAGAUCACUGUGAUCCUAAAGACUGUAACCUAGAUUGUCGCGAUAAAUGGAAAGGAACAGGAACGUGUGAACCACCAACCGGCACACCAUUAACCAGAACCUGCUACUGCACUUAUGAUUGUUAA